CUCACUGCCUCUCUGUAAUUGUGAACCAAUAGCCCUACUUCCUAGUUUUCGAGAGAGGGCUUAGGAUCAAGCUACCAGCUAGCCAUACUAGCCCAAGUUUGCUCAGCUGUUAACACCUAGUCAACGUAAAUUGUUAACUUAGAAAAUGACAAUGAAUUGUCCAGGUUACAAAGAUAAGUAGAUAUAACGCUGACAUUAAGUCUACAGGUAGCUUUUGGAGUUGUAAAAGCACACAUUCCUGGCGAACAAUCUGGGAAGCAAACCUAAGCCAUCGAUAAACUGUCAUGGAAUCUUACAUACAAUUCACAAACCAAAGCCAAGGGAGGGAUCGAAUUUUAAGGGCAACCCAGUAUGCGUGCGCUCUUGCGAGAUAUAUGCUUCGAAAUGAUCCCUCUAGGAAAGACAUUUUGAUGAAGCUGCAAAGUCUUCAAUCUAGCAUGAGUUCGGGACGCAAAUUGUUCAGACUGGGUAACACCGUCAAUUCGGUUGAUGCUGCCAAGCGAACCCUGUUGCUGUCUGACCCCAUCCUUAGAUUCUGCCUUACUGUCUCCAACCUCAGCCGCGCCCUCUAUUUCAUCUGUGACAACGUGCUCUGGGCAAGAAGCCUCGGACUCGUCCGAGACAUCAACAAGGAACGCUGGAGUCUGAAUGCCACCCGCUACUACUUCGUGUCCCUGGUGAUGAACCUGACUCGAGACGUGUACUUGAUGGCACAGCUGAUGGUGCAGAGGUCACGAGAUAGGCAAUAUCAGCACAAGGUCCAUCAGCACCUUAAUGAGAGUACAGAUGUGGCCUUUGUAGUGGUCCCACAGCUGGAUGCCUUUGUGUUCCUUCUUAUCGAGUGCCUCAAAGGCAACCCUGCUGUUGCCUUGGAUACUGUCAAGAAUGUGUGUGACCUCUUCAUUCCCUUGGACAGGCUUGGUGUAUAUCAGACAAGUGAAGGGGUGGUGGGGUUCUGUGGGCUCCUGUCAUCGCUGCUAGGCAUACUGUCAGUCCUUAAACCCCACUUGAAAAUAAAGCCAUAGAAAUGUCUUUCAGGAAAGGAAGAAGUGAUAGGAAUAUGGAAUGCAUUGAAAUGCUUUAAGGAUUCACCUAUUAAAACACACUAGCCGCAUAUAGAAAAUCUCUUUUUGCGAUUUGUCACUCUUAACCUUCUUAAGUAUUGCACUUAUAUAAGGGGUUCAUGUGAUAGUUGAUAGAGUGGCUAAGGGUGAAGCUUCGCAAAGAUCAACACAUAAG